ACAUACGCGAAAGCACGUCUCUGAAAGGAGCGUUCCAGCAUAGCGAUUAUCGGAGUACCCUCCUCUACACCUAUACGUACGGAUGGACGAGAUUUUGGAAUAGUCAGGCAGUAGUGCUUUUUUUGUUUGCUUAUACAUCUGUAGUGCAGUGAUACAGUGUUGUAAUCGAGGAGGGGUGCGACUCAUACCUAAAUAUGAAAAGUGGCAACCAAUUAAUCAUAUAACGUUAUAUUGCGUACCCCCAUUUGAAUAAGACCCUGAUUCUUAUACCUCACCCACACAGGGAUGCCACAUAUAAUUCUGUGUUUUUUGUUGGAAAAAUCUGUCAAUCUAAUAAUCUGUGCAUGUGGCAACCCUGCACCCACAGACCGGUCAGCGAAGAGCGCCACCAUCGGUUGCAAUAGAUACCAGCGAGAGUGAAAAAUGGCGACAACUGUUUGGUCGCGUACUGAAUCGGUGAAGUUGAACAAGAAAACUGUUUUUGGUCAGUGUUAAAGAACAUAAACUGCAAAAUUUGAAUAUAUAUUUCCUUCGUAUUACGAGUGUGCCUGAUAGGAGUUUAUAAUGUCGAUGAAAAACGAUGAAAACCUUUUGAAAAGUGAAAAUUUGCUCGCGAAGCAAAAUGACGUCGCACCAGCACAAUGUGCAGCAGAAGCGCCGACUGGAGCGCUGUAUGUGGAAGCCGAGAGUACUACGUCUUCGGAAAUACGAAUUGAUUCUACCACGACGGCAGACCCGUUGAUUGCAACUUCGGCCGUCGCGACGACGAUGGCCGUUGAUGAGAACGAUUCAGCAAGCGGGAAUCAAUUCGAUAUAGCCCCUGCUACUUCUAGUGCUGGAGGUUCAACCAGAUCCUCGAGCAGUGGUUGCGGCAAUAGAAAGGAUGUUUUAAGUGAAAAACGACGUAGCUCUGGUGAUAAAAGUAGUAGCAAGCGGAAAACUCGGCGCGGUAAAACUAAACGUGGUAAGCGACCAUCAGGUUUGCGCGCACUAAAGGAAAGUCCUUGGAAAUUCCAAGUGCCCAAACUACGGUCUACUACAGGUAAACGAAGAUCAGAAGUGACGCUGGGAACUAUUGGUGGGGGUGUGAUUCCAUUGAUUGCUCCGCUCCGUCAAUUGGAUCAUCCGCUGCUAGUGCCAUACAACACCAAUCGUUUUCUAAUGGAAGACCAUAUGCCGCAUGUUCUCACACCCUCAGAGGAUGAAGAGGAGUUUCUUACCAAGGAAUUCUCCAGUGUGUACGAGGAUGCCCGUUCGGAACGACUUGAAGGGCUCAGCAAAAGUCAGCUAAUUCAGGAGUAUCUUCAGCUGGAGGCAAACUAUGAGCAAGUCACGAGACGAUACAAUACCGUCAAGUCGCUUUCUAUUAAAGAGGAAAAUGAAAACGCUGCUAGUAAUGCUACAGCAACGACCAAAGAUGCACCUGAUGGCAGCUCUGAGUGUCGACGGUUGGAGGACAGAAUACGAGAUCUCACUACCGAGAAUCUUGAGUUGCGGCGACAGUUGGAACAUGCUUCCCGUUUUAACAUGAUCCUAUCUGCUAAAUCUUCGCCAAGGAAUAACGCUAACCAACUUGAACAGAUGGACAGUUCUUCUGGAGAAGGAACGAGUAGCGAGGAUAGCGAAUCAGAUAGUUCAACGUCAACUAGUUCAAGCAGUACUGACGAUGAAGCUGAUGUUGCUGACGCUGCUGGAUCAACUAGUAAUCGGCGAGGUAGUAGUUCAAGCACUAUGAGUGACAUUGACGAACACAUUGCUCACUCUUCGGCGCAGCAAGGAGGAAGACAUGCGUUUGUUCGGUCUCUUGCACCGGAGGAACGUUCGCAAGUUCAGUUAAACGGUAUACAUGAGGAAGAUGACUGAACUUUACCCGAAAAAUUUAGGACCCUUGUUUAUUUCACUGUCAACACGCAAUUAACGGUACUGCUCUUCUUUUAUUUCUUUUUAUUGUUCAUGUUGUUUUGAAUUUUAAGUAUAACCAGAUAAAUAAGUCAAACUAAGAUUAGCCGUACAGGCUUUCUCAAUAUUUGAGAAAGAUUCUCCCGUGUGUUUUUGAUCCAUCAAUUCAGGCACCUAAAGAUGGUCAUGGUUAUGGUUUACCUUCUUACGGUUAUUUGUACUGGCUUACGUUAUUUUAUCAUUAAUUUAAAAAUUUACAUGUGUAAACUAAAAUUAUCUAAUAUAUUUCUAGAAAAAUCCUUCGUUUAGUUUAAUGCUGAUUAACACUUCAUACAGGUUAUGUUUUUUAUUAUAUUGCAGAAUGCAAACAGAAUUAUGAUUAUAAAAAAUAAAACAUCCACAAAUUCACACAAAGACGCAAAUUGUUGCGACAAAAUGAAAUUGAUAUGUGAUUUCUUGAGUAAAUAAAAGCAAAACGCUAUUUAGGAUUUAAUACAAGUAAUACACGUGGAAACCUAGCAAUUAAAUGGAUACAUUUUAUAGUGAAUAGCGUUAACAACAAAUUGUAGUUGGAUAUGUGAUUAAUCCAAACGAGGAUUAUAUUUUGAAAUACAAAGGAAGAAAACAAAUUUAACAAUCACGGAAACCAAAAACAAAAGCCUCGACGAUGAAAUUUCAUUAUAUUCAUUAUUGAUUUAUUUCGAUGGAAAAUCGGUGCAUGUAUUCUGAAGACAAAAACAACAAUUAGUUGAUAGUUUGUGACAGGAAAAUCUAUCAAAUAACGCUGAUAAUUUACGAAUGUGUUACAUUUGUAAUUCAAGUGAAGUUCAUGAAUAAAUACUUAUAAAAACAAUAAUAGAAGGUGGAAUGAGAUUGAACAGGAGAAAGCUAAAUGUGUGAAUGGAUAGUGCUAAUUGCUAACGCUAUUCUAUAUUGCUGAACUAGUGCUUAUUCUCAUUAUACAAUACAUCAGGCAUGCAUUAUACACUAUACAUAUAAAUUACAUAAUAUUUUGACUUCCAGUUAGUCAAAAACGAUCGAAUGGAAAAUCAUUUUUGA